GUUUGUGGGAGUACCAAAAGGUCGUUGCACCUCUCUCUUCUCUCUUCAUAUCCACAAACUCUAUUUCUCUCUCUCUCUCUACAUAAGUGUACACUCCUCCGCUCUGCCUCUUUAAUAUGGAAAAUGGGGCGUCAAAAUUCAAAAGAAUUUGUGUUUUCUGUGGGAGUAGCCAAGGGAAGAAGACUAGCUAUCAAGAUGCUGCUGUUGACCUUGGAAAGGAAUUGGUUUCAAGGAACAUUGAUUUGGUUUAUGGAGGUGGAAGCAUAGGGCUGAUGGGUCUGGUCUCACAAGCUGUUCAUGAUGGUGGCAGACAUGUUAUCGGAGUAAUCCCCAAGACUCUCAUGCCCCGGGAGUUAACUGGUGAAACAGUGGGGGAAGUGAAAGCUGUUGCUAAUAUGCAUCAAAGGAAAGCAGAGAUGGGAAGACACUCUGAUGCUUUCAUUGCCUUACCAGGGGGUUAUGGAACAUUGGAGGAGCUACUUGAAGUUAUAACAUGGUCUCAACUCGGCAUUCAUGAGAAACCGGUGGGACUACUGAAUGUUGAGGGGUACUAUAAUUCAUUGUUGUCGUUCAUCGACAAAGCCGUGGAGGAAGGGUUCAUAUGCCCGAGCGCCCGUCACAUCAUUGUAUCCGCUCCUACUGCCAAGGAGCUCGUAAUGAAACUCGAGGAGUAUGUCCCACGCCACAUAGGCGUGGCUUCGAAGUUGAGCUGGGAGGCGGAGCAGCUUCUACACGCGCCCCACGCGCAUGAAUCUCGCGGUGAGAUUAGAGCGGCGUAGAACAAGUCCUUAGCUAGCUGGGAUGUGUGGAAUAUGGAUCUAAUUAGCUUGAAGAUGCUAAUUAAGUGAUUAACCUCAAGCUCUUGGAUUUUUCUUAUUUUGCUUAAGGGGAUUUGUGAUUUGUCUUUUGUGUAUAGUAAUCUUGAAAAUCAGCAGCCUCAUCAUCUUAUGUCAGCUCCCUUCUGCUUAAGAAAGUUGGCAUUGUGCAACUUGUAAUUAACACUUAAGAUGCAUUUGGAGUUUCUUGUUUGGUUUAACGUCAAUUAACAGAAUCUU